AUGCCGAUUGUAUGGCGUCUUCAGGUACGACGAAGCCAAAAGCAGUUAAUAUCAGUGACGUUCCUACUUGGUGGGCUUGUCUGUAUAAUCAGUGCGGUACGAUUAGCGUAUCUUCGGACUCUGGGACCUGAAGAUGGCACCUACAACCCAGUUCACACGCUAGAGUUGAGCACACUAGAGGUCAGCGUUGGUACACUCUCCGCAUGUCUCCCGGUCUACCGCCCAAUCUAUAAUUAUCUUCGUCAUGGACAAGCAACGGCCAGAAGUUCAGGUCGCCGUUUUCAGAGGGACCCGACGCCUAUCGCAUUGGACGAUAGAGCUACACUAGCGUGCGCACUGAAAGAAGCCGGAGCAAGUGACGACAUGGAGAAACUUUACCAUUCUAUAGAAACCAUAGCGACUGCGCAUGGCGACGAACUGACAUCACUUGAACACACAGGAGCAGGCAUACUUGUGACGAAGCAACUCAAUGUCGCCACGUCUGAGCCACGGACUUAG